GUUACCGAGGCCCCUGGGUUCCAUAACCCAACAUUGGUGCUCUCGUUGAGAGUGUCGAACACAUCAAGCGUGCUCCAAAGGAAAAUGGUUGCGUCAAGGAGAGUUACCAGGUCGUCUACCGCCAAUCUUGGUGGUGGUCUCAGGAUGACUGUAACGGCGCCGACCGGCGCAGGUCCCGAUGAGCUGGACAUCAGCCUCAAUCAGCUGAAUUGCGUCACCGCAUUCCCAGACGGCGAAUGACGAACGCUGGGGGGUCUCAGGCGCCAACCCAGCAGGUACCCACCCAGGGCGUCGGCGUUCUAACUCAGCCUCCUCCUGGCGGGCUUGUGUGUGGAGGAGGCAUGGUGUUGCCCGGUGAUUUCAACUCACCGUUCUUCCAAUUCGGGGAGACCUCUGGUGCGAGGACCCCAGGUCCAGACCCUAGCGGUUUCUGGGCCAUGAUGAGGGCGAUGAUGCUCAAUCAGCCCAUGACCGAUUUCCACAUGCCGGUCACGAUGCCGCAGCCGAUGCUCCAACCUGACGGACAUCGUGAGGUCCAGCAAAACGUGGUGGAAAGUGCAGAGCUUUUUGCCCAACACCUGAAGAAUCUAAUGACGGACUCCCGCCUGAAUCCUUUGGCCGGGGGACCCGAGAACAAGGAGUUGAGCCGAUCCCAGCAGCGGGACAACGGCAAUGGCCCGGAGCGUAGGCCUAGCAAGAAGCAAGCCAGCCGUCGAGACAAGGAAACGGCGAGCAAACGUCAUGAACCAUUGAAGGAAGGACAGGGUGAGAGUGAGUCGCACGUAUCCGUGUUCAGCCGGAUGCGAGUGCCGGUCACGGAACGGCUUUACGGCCGACGGAAUGCCUUCCUGCUGAACGAAGCGGGAAAGAUCAGGAUGCCUUGCGAGGAACAGUGUGACCGACACAGAGAGGUCCAUCCGGAAAGGCAAAAUUCCCGGGUCGAGCAACCCGUUCAACGUCCGAUUCUGAGGGCGCCACAAGGGACGCCUAUCGCGAUAGACGGGGACAUGGGCAGACCUGGGGACGAACGCAUCGAUCUUCUCUUGCAGAGAUUGGACGCCCUGGAAAGGAGGAACGGGGCGGGACAGGUUGCCGAACCCAUGUUCAGACUUCGUUCUCCUUUCUCCGAAAGGAUCCUGAGGGCACCACUGCUGAGCAGCUUUCAGAUGCCGCCCAUACCAAGGUAUGACGGGACCACAGAUCCGCAAGAGCAUUUCAACCGAUACCAAACCCUCAUGAACGUGGUAACGUUCUCCGAGGAAGUCCUUUGUAGGUCGUUCCCCGCCACUCUCGACGGGUUGGCAUCUGAGUGGUUCAAUGAACUGCCUGAGGGGAAGAUCGACUCAUGGGAGGAUUUGGCACGAAGGUUCCUGGUCCAUUUUGCCGGGAACAGGAAGAAGAAAUUACAUUUUUCACAUCUCCUGUCGGUUAGGCAACGACCCGACGAGCCGCUGAGGGAAUUCUUGGCGAGGUGGAAGCUGGAGACCACCAGAGUUUACGGAGCGGAUGACAAAACCAGGUUAUCUACCUUCCAUUUGGUCUUACGCUCAGGUGACUUCUCCAAGCGCCUAGCCCUAGAGAAGCCGAGGGAGUAUUCCAUCGCGCUGGCCAUGGCAGAGGAUGAAGCAGAGGAGCUGGAGGCAAAUAAGAAAAAGGAGGAAGCUGGAAGGCUGGGUUCUAUCGCAACUGCGGUGAAGCCCAUGCCGAGAAAGGUCACAAUCGAUGAGCGGCCACAUUUGCUAGUCGGACACUGCUUCCGGAAGGGCAGAGACCCUCGCGACCGACGAUCGCACGGAAAGGACAUAUAUGAAGAAGGAGGCGAGGACAUGAGACCUUAUCCUCCCAGAGGUCCCAAGUUGUUGUUCCCUGAUGAGCUCACGCCGCUUACACAUCCCGUAAGCGCCAUUCUAGAUUUCGCCGAGCAUCAGGGCUUGGUGGAGUACGAUCCGCGAUUCCCCCCGAUUUGCACUGUCGGAGAGGGCCCUUACUGCAGGUUCCACAGAGCGGCCGGUCAUGACACGGACGCGUGUAAGGUCCUCAAGAGGGAAAUCGAGAACCUGAUCCAGGCGGGAUAUUUGCGACAAUUCGUCAAAAAGAAGAACACAUGGCACAAGGAUGAUGGGAAGAAGAACGGGGACAACCGAGGGAAGAAACCGGCGGGAACUCAGCAGAAGAAGAGGAAGGAGAUAGGUCUCCCGAGCGACGAAGAAGAAGAAGACAACCCUAGACAGAAGAGGGUCGAGGAGAACAGAAUGAUCUACGGUGGCAACACCGGAGGAGACAGUGCCGAGCAAAGAAAGAAGUGGGUACACUCGGCCUAUAUCGGAGAUGUUCACAGCGCACCCGGACCGUCGAAAAUCACGAAGACGGAGCCCCUCCUAUUUGGUCCCAAGGACCUGCCUGAGAUCCCAUCACCCCACAGGGACGCGUUGGUCGUCAAGUGUGAGAUCAACGAGGUGGUAAUCCACCGAUCCUACGUUGACAAUGGGAGCUCGGUGAAUAUCAUGUAUGUAAGGACAUUUGAGGAGCUGGGAUUGAAGAAGGAACUUUUGAAGAGAGUAAGGACUCCCUUGUCCGGAUUCACAAGGGAUAUCAUCGAUUCAGAAGGCCUGGUCGAGGUGAUGGUCACCUUCGGCAAUGGAGAACACAAGAAGACAAUCUCGGUCGAAUUUUUGGUGAAACAAACAAAGAAGAUGGACGCCCAGGAUCUCAGGGUGGACAGUAUUGCCACGGCACUUUUGAAGGAGGAAGAAGGCCGUCCUCGAGCUGAGCCAGCAGAAGAUACAGAAGAUGUAGUGAUCAUGGAGGAGCAGUGGGAGAAGAAGAUCAAGCUCGGUAUUAACAUUAGUGCCGAACUUCGAUCGAAGAUCAUACAGGUACUCAGGGAGAACUUUGUGGUCUUUGCAUGGAGUGUCGAGGAUAUGCCGGGAGUUAGCAAAUCCCUGAUCACCCACCGCCUCGCGGUCGGAUCGGACGCAGAGCCCGUAAAGCAGAGAAGGCGGCACUUGAGCAAAGACCGGAGAGAUUUCGUGAAGAAGGAGGUGGACAUGCUCCAUGCAGCAGGGCAUGUCAAGGAGAUCAAAUACCCCACCUGGCUGGCCAACGUCGUGCUGGCACCAAAGGGGCAGACAUUCAGGAUGUGUAUUGAGCCCAACCCCGAGAAGGUCAAGGCGAUCCUGGACAUGGAGGCCCCCCGUUCUAUAAAGGAAGUACAGCGCCUGACGGGAAAGAUGGCUGCACUCGGCCGAUUUUUGUCAAAAUCCGCCGAGAAGAGUAUUCCUUUCUUUGGCACACUGAAGAAGGUCCCAGAAUUCCAAUGGACACCUGAAUGCCAGGCGACAUUCGAAGAACUGAAGAAGUAUUUGCUAACCCCGCAGGUAUUAGCAAAGCCGGUCAAGGGCGAGAAGCUGUACCUCUACUUGGGAGUUAGCCCUGGAGCCAUAAGCUCCGUUUUGUUGCGAGAGGAAGGAGACACUCAGCGCCCUAUCUAUUAUGUUAGCAGAACCUUGAGGGAUGCCGAGCUCAGAUACUCGGUGGUGGAAAAAACAAUCUUGGCCGUUGUCAACACGGUCAAGAAGCUGAACCAUUACUUCCAAGCUCACGAAGUGGAAGUGAGGAGUCAUCAACCUCUGAGCAUCAUCAUCAGGAAUCCGACGGCCUCUAAUAGGGUCAUCAAGUGGUCUGUCUAUCUGAGUCAGUACCAGAUAGAGAUGAAGCCGAGGGCAGCAAUCAGAGCCCAGGCCUUGGCCGAUUUCAUGGUGGAAUGCACGGCACGGGACAACAACCCCAUGCCAACGGCCGAACAGGGCGAAUGGUGGACUCUGUCCACUGAUGGAUCAUCAGCAGCAAAGGCUUGCGGUGGGGGCGUAGUAAUCCAAUCACCUGAAGGAUUCCGCUCCUAUCAUGCAAUAAAUUUCCAAUUCAAAGUGUCCAAUAAUGAAGCCGAGUAUGAAGCAUUACUGAGUGGACUGAGGCUCAUCCUCAAUCUAAAGGCCGAGUAUGUCAGGAUCAGGUGCGAUUCGCGCCUGGUCGUCAGUCAAAUCAAAGGGGAGUUCGAUACCAAGGAGGAACGGAUGCGUCUAUACAAGGAGGCGGCCUUGGAAUUGCUCAAAAUCCUUAAGGGUUACGAGCUCGUGCAGAUCCCGAGGGCGGAAAACACAGAGGUCGACGUCCUCUCCAAACUGAGCAACGACAGUCCCGAGCACAUCUCCAAGAUGGCUCACAUUGAAGACAUGGGGUCUCCAAGCAUUCACGUCCAGUUCAUUUCUGUCGUCACCAAGGAGGCCAGCGGGUGGAUCGCGGAAUUGAUCCGGUAUAAGAAGGAUGGAAUCCUCCCUAGUGACGAGACGGCGGCCCGUCUGAUCAAACGGAGGGCGCCGACGUAUGUCAUUGAGAAUGGCCGACUGUACAAGAGAUCGUACAACGGCACAUUGCUGAGGUGUGUUGAUGAAACCAAAGCGGGGCAGAUCAUGGAGGAGGUCCACGAAGGAAUAUGCGCGGCACAUCAAGGUCCUUUCUCCAUGGCCAGACGCAUUGUCCUGCAGGGAUACUUCUGGCCGACCAUGGUAAAGGACUGUGCCAAGCGCGCCAAGCAUUUGAUCGGACUAAUGCCGAGGGCACCCGGUAAUUUCCGCUGGAUCAUUGUGGCCAUCGAUUACUUCACGAAGUGGAUCGAGACCGAGGCUUUAGUUAGAGGAACCUCAGAACAAUGCUCAAAGUUUGUGAGCAACAACAUACUCUGCCGGUAUGGUGUCCCAAAGCAGAUCACUACAGACAACGGAACCCAAUUCGAAGCUGGAGAUUUCAAUGAACUUUUGGGAGAUUGGAAGAUAAGGCACACCUACAGCUCUGUGGCAUACCCGCAAGGGAACGGCCAAGUAGAGAACGCCAAUCGAACAAUCAUGGACGGGAUCAAGAAGAGGCUUGAAUCCUACAAGGGAGCGUGGGUCGAUCAACUCCCCAACGUGCUAUGGGCAUACCGUACCACUCUAAGGAGGGCGACUGGAGAAACGCCGUUUUCCAUGUGCUACGGCCUGGAAGCAAGGGCACCCUCGGAGGUGUUCAUCCCAACAUGGAGAGAGGAAAAUUAUGAAGCCAAGGAGAACGAGGAAGCCAUGGCGGCCGAUCUUAAUUUCGUUGAAGAACGCCGAGAGCAAGCUUUCCUUAAAGCAGAGAACUACCGAAGGCAAGUUAAAGAAUAUUAUGACCGCAAGGUCAGAGCAAGGGAGUACCAAGUAGGGGACUUGGUACUCAGGAAAAGGGAGGCCAGUCAGCCUACAGAGGGGGGAAAGUUUGCCAAAAGCUACGAAGGACCGUACAAGGUCACAGCUGUGCUCAGGCCAGGCACUUACAAGCUCUCCACGCUAGAAGGUCGCGAACUCGGCAGGCACUAGAACACGCACAAUCUCUUUUCUUUUUACAUGUAAGGCGCUGAGAACCGUAACCAGUCGGCCUCGGUAGCUAAAAAAAAAAAUCUUCUACUUAAUG